UUUCCCUUUUUUUAAUUCUUUUCUUUUUAUUCUUUUUGUAUAUUGAUGGUGGAAGAGAGACUCCUGCUCCUAUGCUACAUACAUAUUCACCUAAUUGAACUUUGAUGAUUCUUCCAUUAAAAAAUUGUGAGAUUGAUCGGUCUUCCUUCAACUAAGGAUUCUUUGGUCCUUCAUUUUUCUGUGCUGGACUUGUUUCUCACAUUUACUAUACUGCAAUUUAAUCAUUUUUCUUAAGCUCUAGCAUAUGAUUCUAAAAUCUCAAUUUCGAUUUAGAAUGGCCUAUGUCGUUAUUCCCCUGAGCACUUCGUAUGCAAAAAUAAAUUUAAAAAAAACGAAAGACACUUUUUUUGUUGAGGCUUCAAUUUCGAGAAAAUCGAGUUUGAAAUUUGAUCAAGUGCAGGUGUACUAUCUUCUGCUCGAAUGCUUUUUGUAUGGACGUUAAUAAAGUAUCGACGAGUUUCUUUUUUAUACAAGCAUCAAAAUUGCAUGGCACAUUUUGAUAAAUAAAUUGCAGGCAUUUAAUUGAUUUAAAAAUUAGCGGCGAAACGUUAUAUAUUUUUACACUUUUCCACACAUGUUACAAAAUUUGCACUGUAUGCUAUUCCUUUAUUGUGAUUUGUGGCAUAAAGCUAAAAAUUAUCGAAGUUUCGUUGACGGGGCGUGAGGUUUAGUUGAUAACAGUGUUCAAUAAAUUGAAGCUUUUCCCAUUUUUUUACCCUGCCUAUAAAUCGUUAUAAGCUGAAUACGAAUCCAUGAACCUCUUUUCUCAGAUCCUGUAGUUAAAAAAAAUGAAAUAAUUCUAUAAAACAUUGAAAUCUGAAUUUUUUGGGAUGUCGAUUUUGAGAAUCUAGAAUUUUGCAAUUCUGAAAUCUAGGAAAUCUAAAACCUUGAAAUUUUGAAAUUUUGUAAGCUUAAAAUGUUAGAAUAGAGAAGGUCCACAUUUUUGGGAAUGGGGCAUCCAAAUUUUUUAGGGGGGCUAGAACCGUCCUCGUUCCUAUCUACUUACGUCACUGCUUACGUUACUAAAAGUAACACAUUUCAUUUGUCUUACGUAAAGCAACUCGUUUGUUUUCGUUGUCACGAGAAACAUCACGUAUCAUUUUUUACCGCAAAGUGUAUCCUUCGUAGCGAUGAAAAGAAGCACAUUUGUUUAAAAGAAAAUUUCCACAAAGCUUCGUUCCGUCUCAAAGAUAAUACAGUUUCGAAAGGAUAUAGACAAAGCAGUCUUUAAAUUCAGGAAAUCAAUUGAAAUUCACCGUUGCUUUAAUUGGAUCCAAGCUAUAGAGCAGAUAAAGCAGACUGGAAAUAAAGGAAAAGUAAGAUGCAUCUCGCAAACUUCAACGUGGCAUCCACUAUUCGGCUUCUAGCCGAAGUGUAAGUGAUGCAUCAUUGAAAGCAUAAGUCAAAAGAUGAACGGAUUGAAAUUUUUCACCUAACUGUGAAAACUUCGACGACAGUGUCAAAUGGGAUGCCAACGAGCGAACAUUUUGUCGAAUCCUUAAGCUUCUUCAAAGUAAAGCGACAACCGGCAACCAGAGCGGACAGUGAGUGAUUAAAGUUAAAAUUGGACGAUUUUGGUUUCCGUUGCGUCCAAUCUUUCAGGACCGUAUAGUGAACCCUUUGACGCGAGUGAUUUCACGACUUUACCUAGAAACAGCAAUCCCGUCGAUGCUUAAUUGAAAUUGCGCGCUGAUUUUUCGAAUCAAUUGAUUGCUGUGAGGCUGUUGAUUUCUCGUCGACGUCGAGAUUAACGAGGCCCAAUUGGCAAGCUCCAGUUUUCGUGAGACGAUUCAUAAAACGUGGUAAUUGUUCGAACGAACGGCGUGUGUGUUAGUGUUCCCUUGUGUCCGCGGGCGGAGACGAACAGAUUGCCUUAACAUGGGUUGCGAACUUAGCAAACUUGCGACCGCCAAGUCGCCGAAUCAAACUGUUACAGAUCCACGACUUCCACUCACGGCGAGACAAAAAUUUACGGUUAUGGCUAGCUGGAAAGCUGUAUCUAGGGCACUCGAGCCAACUGGAGUCUACAUGCUUAUAAGGUUGUUCGAGGAAAAUGCCGAACUGUUAAAUAUGUUUACACAAUUUCGUGAAUUGAAAACGAAAGAACAGCAGUCCAAUAGCAUGGAACUGGCGAAACAUGCAGAAACAGUGAUGUCUGCCCUGGAUGAAUGUAUCAAAGGGCUCGACGAUAUGGACGUCUUCCUGACUUGCCUUCAUCAAGUUGGAGCCACGCAUACAAAGAUUCCGGGUUUCAAUCCACAAUAUUUUUGGAAAAUUGAGAAACCAUUUCUGGAAGCUGUGGAACAAACUUUGGAAGAUCGAUACUCGGAGAACGUGGAGAACAUUUACAAGAUGACGAUCAAAUUCAUUAUUGAGACUCUAAUCGACGGCUUCGAAAAAGCUCAAAAUGACAAGGCACAAAGCGACACCGCUAAAUCCUAGUUGUCUUGGUCGUAAAGAAGCAAACAAGCUUUGGUGCCCGAUUGAAAAAUUUCCUGAUCGCCUUGUUAUUCAGGACUCGGUUCCCGGAUGAUAAAGGAUCGAUUUCGAGGGAUGAAAUGGAUCGUUUGAACACACAACCGUUCAUUUAUUCCAAAAAUAUCUCCGUUUCUCCGUUGUCUGCAAUGUGAUUCACACGAUUGAGUAUAUACAUGUUUAACGAGAGGACUCGGAGACAAUGUUGUGCGACGUGUUACCGUCAAACAAUGUUCUUUUUUACAGGAGUGCGAGUACUACUCCGUGGUUGGUUAGGUUUGAAAUCUUCUUUCUUCGAGCAGGUCUCGGUGAUGAAAGAUAAUUCGUGAAUAAAAAAAAAAUAGCUAUGAUUAUUGUAUCGCACGUUUGGUCGUUUCGUCCAACAAGUAACGAAACGAACCAUGAAAUGAAUUCUUCUGACGG